AACUCAGUCGACACUAGGUGUUACUUUCCUUAAUCAAAACCAUUUUUCCUCCGGGGAGUAAAUUAACAAGUGGCAAAGAUGAUACACAAUGUCGCUUGAGUGCUAAAACAAUAACUAUCAUUUUAAAUUCAUCGCAAACAACGUGAUUGAUUACUAAAAACAACUAAAAGAAGUUUGAUAAAUAUUACUUUUAAUUAUCUAUAGUAUAAGGUGUCAAGAAUCGCCCGUGGAGUACAGUGUGACGAAUAGGCGAGCAUCGUCAGGAGUGUAGGGCGGUAGAGGAGCGGACGUCACCAACAACAACAAGAGGAUGGUGAUGGUGUCAAGAUGAACCACGACGACCAUUACCACCACCACCAGCAGCAGGAGGGAACACCACAUCAAGGAGCACCACAGAACCACCAUGGAGCACCACAGAGCCACCUGGGAGCACCACAUACCCAAGGCAACAUCCACUCAAAAGACCCAAAGUGUGGGAUCCUUAACCAGUACCAGAGAUGUUUACGAAGGUUGUGUGGUCCUGGGGGGUUCUUGGUGAUCUACUGUCUACAGCAGGUGGUGGGGGGCGGGGCCACUACCUACCUGGCCGCUUCCACCACCCACCUACACCGCCACCUACGACUGUCACACAGGCACCUCGCUGCUGUACUACUCCUUCGUGACUUGGGUCCGGUGUUGACGGGCGUGGUGCUGAGCCAGUUGGGUGGGCGUGGUCAUCGUCCCAGGUGGGUGGCUGCCGGCCAGUUGCUCGCCGCCCUCGCCACCUUUGCCACCCUCGCCACCGUGUUCACCCACCCGCCACCACCGUCACCCGCAGAGUGGAUGGACAGCAGCAGUAGCAACAUGGUGGGAGGUAAACAAACAGUCCUUCUGUGA